AUGAUAUAAGUUGGAAGUCUCAUUAGUGCAUCAAUCCCAGAAUAUGAAGAGAGAAAAUUUUAAAUAUUAGAAGCCCUAGGAAAUGGGAAUGAAGGCUUAGUUUAUUUAGUAAAAUCAAUCAAAUGGGGAUUCAGUAAUGAUUAGAAAAAAUUUGCUUUAAAAAUUUAAAAUAAUUUCAAACAAGAAGAAAUUCAAUUUAUUGAUAAACUUAUUGCUUAUUAGAAUCAAUAUGAGAAUUAUUAAAAUAAUUCUACUUAAAUAUAACCAUCCAAUAUUAUUAGAAUUUAUGAAAAAUUUUAAUGGAAUGGGAAAUAAAUUUUGGUAAUGGAAGUUGGGGAAUAAGAUUUAUAUAAUUAUAUUUCUAAAAAUAAAUUUCUAGAUUACAAAGAUAAAAUUAAAAUCGCUUUACAAGUAAGAAUUUCUCUAGAUUUAGAUUUCAUAUUCUAUAAAUUUUUUACAUUAAAAUCAAUAAGUUCAUAGGGAUAUUAAACCAGAGAACUUUAUUAAAGUGAAUGAUUAAUUUAAAUUAAUUGAUUUUGGAUUGACAAAAACAAAUAAAGGUGUAGAUAUGUCAGUACUUGUAGGAACACCUCUUUUUUAAGCUCCUGAAAUAUUAUUAGGAAGAAGUGACUAUACUUAAGCAGUAGAUAUAUGGUCUCUAGCUUGUGUAUUUUAUGAAUUAUUUUCAGGAACUCCAAUAGUAUAAGGUAUUUUUAUUAUUCUUUAAAAUUAGCUCAAAAUUAUUAAUAGUUAAAAGAAACAAUUAUUAAUUGUUAAGAAACAAAAUUUAUAGAAAAUAAAAUAGUUUCUUUGGUUGCUUGUGAUUAGAUUAAAUUCCUUUUAAGGUCCAUGUUUUAAUUUUAAUUUGAGUAGAGAAUUAAAAUAGCAUAGGUUAUUGAAAGACUAUAAUCCAUUUCUUAAUGCAAUAACAUUUUAAACAAUAUUCAAAAACCUAAUUUUAAAUAAAGUGUACCAAAUUCAAUUAAUAUUUAACAGAAUUAACAAAUUCCUGUUAAUGACAAUAUUUAGAAAUUAGACGAACGAAUUAAAUUAUUUCAUGAAAAUCAAUAAUAAGAAAAUAAAAUCAUUUAACAUUUAAUAAAUUCUUUCUUAUCCAAAACUGAAUUAGGUUUUUAAAAUUUAUAAAGUGUUAUUUCAACCAAUAAUGAAAAAUAAAUUUCUAUUUAUUAAGUUCAAAUUAAUGAAUCUAAUAGAAAAAUUGAUGCUCUUCAAAAUGAUUUCAAAAAUUAUAGUUAAAAAUAAUUCGAAAUCUAAAAUUAAUUAGAGGUUAAAGAAAAAGUAAUUUAAGAAAAGGAAAUAGAAAUAUCUUCUCUUAAACAAGAAAUAAUGUUGUAAAAAUCAGAAAUAAAAGAUUAAGAAACGAAAAUUAAAUAAUUAGAAGAAUAGCUCUAAAAUGAAAAGAAAAAAAAAUAAUUAGAAAAAGAAAAUACUAUAGAAAAUUCAACAGGAAAUACAAAUAUGGAAAGUUUAGAUUAAAAAAUAAUAUAUAAUAAAAAUGCAUAAAAUUUAGAUUUAAAUUACAAUGAAUCUGCUAAUCAGGAGGAUAAUGAAGAAUAAUCAGAAAUAGGUGAAAAACAAAAUAUUCCUUAAAAUUUUACAGUUUUUUAAAAAGCAAAUUUUGAUUAAUCCAAUGAAAAAUAAGUUAAUCACUAAAAUUAAAUUCAAUAAACUUGUAUUGAAAUCUUUGGCUUAUUGUAAAUUUUACGCAAAAAAUUAUUUGAUCUCAAAAAUGAUUAAACUUCAUAGGCUUCACCAUUUGCUAAUGAGUAAUUUGCAAACUAAUCGGAAAUAAAUUCAUUUUCGUAAGUACUUAAUGAAUCAAUGAUUCUUCCUAAUAUUUAAGAACAAGAGAAAGAAAUGAAAAAAUUUUAAGACUCAAAUGAAAAUAAUUGUGAGUAUUCAAAAACUUUUAUUUUGCAUGUUGAAAAAAUAUUAUUUUAAAUUUUGGAUGAGUAUCAAAAAGAUAAUCCACAAGCUUUAAAUAUUAUGGCAGAGAAAAGUUGUUAUAAAAAUUGA